AUGUCCAACAGCGGUUUCACCAUUCCACAUGAACCAAACUUUGCCUUCCAGGGACCUCCAGGCUUUUCCUUGAAUCGUACAGAACCUAUCGAGGGUAACAACAGUGGACCAUUCUGGCACGGUGAAGGUCAACAGUACUUGCACGACGAGUCAGUUGCGCCCCAGGGACCGACCCAAAAUGGAUUCUCUGAUGCUCUGAACUCAUUUCAUGACCCCCAGGAGACAAGGUCUGUCCCUUAUAACCCACGAGGCUCGUUUUCUGGGUCUGUCAUGAGCCCAUGGCAGAAUGGGCUAUCCACCCCAAUGGACUCGGUGUCUAUGUCUCGACAGGCUUCCCAAGAUUCCGUUGGAGCUCAAUCACAGAGGACAACUAACUCGUUUGAUCAAAGCCGAUCUACGAGGAUGUAUCCGAAUGUAACCCAGAUGUCAUACCACAUGUCGUCUGCAGGCUCAGAUGCCACAGGCAGGUCAAACAGUCCUGCUAGCUCUGCUAUGUAUACCCCUACACUGCAGCAAAUGGAAACGCAAGUAUUCGACAACUUCCAGUACCAAGGAGAGGAUUUUGCUGGGAGCCACCCCUUGUUCCACGGAGGGACUACUGCCAGUAGCGUUGCAGCCCACCCGAUUAUGGCCUUUGCUGCGGGUCCUCCAAACAAUAUGUUCUCCCCCGUGGCUGGUGAGUCUUUUAUUCCCGCAGGAGCAACCGCCAGCCAAGAUCCAGUUGCCCGAGAUUCCGAAAUGUACCAGGCCGGUACUGUCAUCGAGUCUCCGAUACUGUGGGACAACGGGACCGACUUCCUGGAGUCGCAGAGAUCAUCCCCAAUCCUUUUUGAGGAGGCGUGGGCCCUACCAGCUCCCCAACUGGCAACAUCAGCAACUGGCAGCCCGUUCACGCCCAGUGUCGAAGGCACCUCUCCCAGGUAUGUUCAGGAUACUCCCGAUCUGGUGGACUUGCCCCCUUACGCAGCGACUGGUGACAGGGUAAUAAGAAAGCCUAUUGGACCUCGACCUUCCAAGGUUGCCAGUGACUUGGCCGCCAGGCCCCAACGCCUCCCAGGAACUGCCGAGACUGCGGACGAAUCGUUGAAGAUGGUCAGCUCCAAUGUCGAGGUCGAUAACACUCCCCGGGACCACCACCUGUACCACAAUGUGACUCCCCAAGCCGAUGGGCUCUACCACUGCCCGUGGGAGAAGGACCCGACUUCCAACUGCCAACACAAGCCCGAGAAGCUCAAGUGCAAUUACGAUAAAUUCGUGGAUUCGCAUUUGAAGCCCUACAAGUGCAAGGUCGUUGCCUGCAAGGAUCUUCAGUUCUCGUCGACAGCCUGUCUCCUCCGUCAUGAGCGCGAGGCCCACGCCAUGCACGGUCAUGGCGACAAACCCUUCGCAUGCACUUAUGAAGGCUGCGAACGCGGUGUUCCGGGCAAUGGCUUCCCACGCCACUGGAAUCUCCGUGACCACAUGAAGCGUGUGCACGGUGACCCCGGACAGCCACAGACCAAGAGCAAUGCAUCCGCAUCUCCCCCCCCGUCCGGGAGCACCAAGAGCAAGAAGCGCAAGGCAGGUGAUGAACAAUCCAACCUGGACAAGGCUCCAAAGAGGGUUGCCACCCCUCCGAUUGUAGCGCGCAAGCCACAGGAGCCCAGCCUGAUGGAGCGCUACCAGGAGAAGCACCAGAUGCUGCAGGGCCUUGUGAACCAACUCAAGGACCCCAGGCAUAAUGAUAACCUUUCGUUGCUCCGCAAUGCCAUGGAGUGUAUCAAGGUAAUGGGUCGGACUACCCAGAUGAUCAAUCCCGGCCCGGGUAUGCAACAGAACUUCAAGCAUGAAUCCAGCUGA